CUGAAGCCUCCGCCAUGAAGUUCCUGGUCCUGGUUCUGUUGGCUGUCGCCGUGGCAGCAGAGCAGAAGAGGGAAGCUGAACCCCAUUACGGACAUGCUGGACACUACGUCCACCCUUACCGUGCUUAUGGCUAUGGCUACGGCGUCCCUGGAGGUCAUGUGCAAGUACACGCUGUAGGGAAACGUGAAGCCAGUCCCGAAGCUGUCCAUACCCACGGCAUCGACAAGAGGGAAGCUGAGGCCGAUCCAGAGCCUCAUAUCAGAGGCUAUGGCUAUGGCCUCUACCGACCCUAUGGUUUUGGCCUCUACCGUCCAUUUGGCUACGGCCUUUACCGACCUUUUGGCUAUGGAUACUAUUGGUGAAUAGUCUCCAACCUGUAACCAAAAUCGGAAACGAAAUAAAAAGAU